AUGAAUGACUUUCAGAUAAAGACCAAUAGAAUAUCUUCAACAGCCCCAACAACACCUUGUGUUGCAGCCAAACAUUUCAAUCUACUUUAUGACAGUAGUCUUCAACAGCUGCAGCAACAAGAAGAGCAAGAUUCAUUUAAUAUUCCUUCUCUUCAUGAUUUAAUCCACAACUCAACCACUUCUUUGGAUAAAGAUGCAACUACACAAAGCAACAACGCCAAGUAUGUAACUCCACCUCAUCCUGCUGCUAAUAAUAAUAACAAUCCAAAGAUUACCCUUCAAUCAUUUAACAAUUAUCUAGCUUCAAUCCACUGUCAAGAGAAUUUACAAUUUAUUCUUGAAUUGAACAAGUACCUAACUUCUUCCAUUAAUGAUAAAACUCAAUCACUUACCCACUGGCAACACAUUUAUUCCAAAUUCUUAAUUUCUGAAUCGGAUUGGGAAGUUAAUUUACCGGGUCGUUUAAGUUCAAACUUACAUUAUGCCCAAUACCCAAAUGAAUCAGUAUUACAAAAUUGCGAACUGUAUAUCAUCAAUGAGCUUUUACAAAAUUUAUACCAUGAAUAUUUGAAAACUGUCACCUGGAAUAAAUGUGGAUUAUAUAGACGAAGAUCGGUGGCUUUAUGUUCUUGUCCUUUGAGGAAAAACAGUGCAAGCAGCACUAGCAAUAGUCAUUUUUUAGCUGAAUCUGAUAACAACAUCAUCAAUGACAACGACAACAGCAAUGACAGCAGCACCAGCAAGAAUAUCUCGGCCAAUUUCAAUUCUAAUAUACUGCCUUUGCAUGUUAAACCUACAAUUGAUACUACCACUAUUAUUGAACACCAGGGUCCUUUAACUCCACCUUAUUCACCUCCUCCAUAUUUGCAACAGCAGCAACAGCAGCAACAGCAACAGCAACAGUCAACAGUACUGCUGCAAUACCUAAACUUGCCAACUUCUGCGCUGUCAUCUCAAUCACAACCACAUUCACUGUUGAGUCGUCAUAUUUCGUUCUUUAGCAAGAACAAUAAGAGACGCCACAGUAAUAAUAGCAAUAAAUCUACGACCCACAAAUACCACGACCAUCAUAGUAGCCACAGCCACAAAAACACCAACAACAGUGCUAAUAACAGCCGCAAAAACAGCCAAAGCAAGAGUGCUGACUAUAAGUCAGCAGUAAUGAUUGAUGGUUACGAUUACUACUCCAUACCUGCUGAGUUUGAAAAUGACUAUAGCAGUAUCAUAUCAUCAACAUCUAAAUCUUCGGCUUCAUCAUCUUUAGCACCACCAGCUCACCCACCUACAUCCAGCUCGCAUCCACCAUCAAUAUGUUCCAAUUUGGGCUCAGAUGCAUUAUCUUCUUCCUCAUCAACAUCUUCCAAAGUGUCUGCUUUUGGUGAAGAUGGUGCUGGUGCUACUGGUUCAUAUUCGUCAUCACCCAAGCAAACAGCAGAUACACCAAGAACGUCAAGGAAUAAUUCAAGCAGUUCAAAGUCAAGCUCUUCGGGUAGUAAUCACUACAAGAGUAUAUCCUCGCCCAUAGCUUUGGUCACUAGUCCUGGAGGUACUGGUACAGGCGGAAGCAUACACAAAAUUGUUGAUAAUUCGAUGAAUUAUUUCAACAAGAUGAAGAAAUUUAAAUUUAAAAGAAGUAACCACGAAGAGGGAGAAGAUGAGGAUGAAUGA